AUGCACAAUACUAAGACCACCAUCGACCCGGAUGCCAGAGUUCCCGUCGAGUGGCAUUUGACCAGGGUGGCUCUCUUGCAGCUUGUUUGGGAACUUGACUUUGCCGGUCUUCCCGAUGACUUUGACAACUAUGAUGUCGCAAAUAACAUCUGUGUGCUAAUGGUCAAUGGUGUGAAACACCCAGAUUACGCCCUCCUCAAUGAGGAUGUAUACUUCAAUAGCCAUGCGGCGGGGGCAGCGCUGCAAGACACAUGGCCCAAUGAUCCUGCGCAAAAGCGUUGGGUUGAGUCAGCCGGACUGGUACUAGAGGGUGCCAACUCGACGCGGGUAGCGACUCCCGAGGAAUUGCGCGACCACCUCGGAUUCGAGGAGUCCGCGGACAAUAGUUGCUCACGAGAAAUCAAGAAGCUGAAGGAUAUGGCCAGGAACUUUAGGGACAAGGCUGAGAGGGCAGCUAACUCAGCUGCUGAAGCGCCCGCACCUGGGCUAACGCCAGUCUCUGAGCACAACAUCAUUCAAGUCCCGCGUCCCAGCCAAUCCGGACGGUCUUUUGACUCUGAUAUCCCUAUGUAUACUGGUGUUUGA